AUGGGGGCAUCACCCCACUGUGGGCAGGGUACCCCCCCUGCCCACCCCCUGGGAACGGGCCGUGUUCUGUCUCACCCCCAGAUCACCUGCCGGACCCUGUGGCACCUGGUGCGGCGGCGGCUCCGCGACAGCCUGCGGACGCUGCGGGUGCGGGGCACGCUCUUCUCCGGCGGGAAGCAGCGGCUCCUCUCCCCCGCGCUGCUGGCCGCCCUGGGGAAGCGGUGUCCCCAGCUCCACCGGCUCUGCCUGGCAGAGACAGACCUCCGCCCCGUCCCCUACGAGAGCAUCCCCCCUUCCCUCACGGCGCUGGAGCUGAGUCACUGCGAAAUCCCCGCCGCCUGGUUCUGCGGCUCUGCCGCGAGGGCCCUGCCCCAGCUGCAGCACCUCAUUGUCCACGACGUCCCUGCCUUUUCCGAUCACCAUCUGCUGAACGUCACCUCCCAGAGCCGCCUGAAGACGCUGAGCCUUUCCGGCACCUACCGCGUAACCGAUACGGGGAUUCAGAGAGCGGCUCCGCACCUGGAGGAGCUGGAGCGCCUGGUGCUGCGCCGCUGCGUCAUCGGCGACUCCGCCGUGGACUUUGUCGGGCGCCACAUGAAACAUCUCCGGUUCCUGGAGAUCAGCGGCGCUUACUCCCUGACGAACGCGGGUCUGGCUUCUUUAGCGACCCUGCAGCGCCUGGAGUCGCUGUGCCUUGACUUCUGCAAUAAGAUUUCCCCCGCUGCCGUUAUUGCUUUGUGCCAAGCGCUGCCCCGGCUGAGGGAUCUCAAAUUAGGCGGGGCUCGCUUUGGAGACGAAGUAAUCGAUAAAAUUCAGGCGAGUUUGCCCCACUGUAGUUUUUCACGUGCUCCUUGA